AUGGAUGUCGAUGUGAAAGAACGGAGGUCGAAGCAGAAGGUGGGCGGCCCCUUGACUGGCCGCGACGGCAGAGGUGGGCUCUUGGCUCAGUUUCAAACGCCGGAACUUCCGAAGGACUUCUACAGCCAGGUGUGGGCGGAGGAUACGGCUGCGGCCUUCCGACACCUGCGGAAGCUUUGCCAAGACUCCCGGCCAAAGGAACCACCGCAGUCUCUGACCUAUGAGGACAGGGCCUUCGUCAAAUGGCUUGACUUGAGCGUUGCUUGGACCUUCGCUGCCUUGGCCUUUCUGGAGGAACCUCUCACAGCACCGAUCUGA